AUGACAAGCAAAGCUGACUCCAAGCCUGGCAAGACGUCCUCCAAAAUCCACGCUACAGCGUUGGGCGGACUGGAAUCAAUCAUAACACAACUUCCGAUCAUUCAAACGCUACCCGUUCCUGCAGGCAGUGCAGACUUCGAACAAAAGCGAGCCUUAGCUCUCGAAGAAUUCGCCUCAAAAGUCCCUGUGGAGUAUCGCAUCCCGCGCCAUUACAUCGAAAGUCCGCCGAAGGACGUCACACCCAUACCACGUGAAUGUGGUAUACUCGAUGACAUAGAACUGGAUAUCACCGAGCAGUACGAUGCCACCGCCCUGGCCCAUGCCAUUGCUGCUGGAAAGUUGACGGCCGUCUCUGUCGCUAAGGCGUUUAUCAAGAGAUCCAUUAUAUGUCACCAGAUCAGCAACUGCCUGACGCAGUGGAUGCCAGAGUUAGCCCUCAAGCGGGCUCAAGAGCUCGACAACUAUUUCUCUCGUACCGGCAAGACAAUGGGUCCUCUGCACGGUGUGCCAAUAAGUGUCAAACAGCACAUUCCUCUAGCCGACACAGACUCAGACAUGGGGUUUCUGGCCACAAAGGCCCAUAAUCCCCAAGACUCGCUCUUGGUCGCGAUCCUGCGUAGCCUCGGUGCUGUAUUCUAUUGCAAGACCGCUCAACCACAAGGCAUCAUGCAUAUCGAGACUGAUGGCUAUCACGGUCGUACCCUCAACCCCCACAACAUCAACUUGUCUCCAGGUGGUUCAUCAGGAGGAGAAGCAGCCUUGAUAGCCCUUCGUGGUUCUAUUCUUGGUGUCGGCACAGACAUUGGAGGCAGCAUCAGAGUUCCCGCUGGAUUCGUCGGCAUCUACGGCUUCAAACCGACAGCCUACACCCUUCCCAUGCGCGAAUUUGUGAACGGCGCGUUUCCUGCGGAAUUGAACAUUCUACCUUCAACUGGACCCAUGUGCACGUCGUUGAGAGACGUUGAUCUCUUCAUGCACGGCAUCCUCAGUCAACAGCCCUAUAUCCAAGAUCCUCGAGUGGUACCCCUCCCAUGGAAGGGUCUUGGAACUGACCUCCAGGUCUCCAAAACCAAUCGUCUCAAGGUCGGAAUCAUGUUCAAUGAUGGCGUUGUCCAACUCCAGCCUCCGGUGCUUCGCGCCUUGCUGGAAGCGCAAAAAUUUUUACAGGUUUCACCGCUUGUCGAGAUCAAGCCUUACAAAGUCCCUAGCAUACACGAAAUACUCGGCAUGACCUCAAAGAUGUACGUCCCUGAUGGUGGACAUUCAGUCCGCCAAGUCUGUGAGAUAUCAGGAGAACCACUGCACCACCUGACCGAAUUCAACUUGGAGGGUCUCGAGCCAGUAGACGCGUACGGUAUAGCCAAGCUCCGUGUCUCGCGCGACGCAUUCAGAAUUGCUUUUUCGGAAGACUGGGCGGCCCAGGAUGUGGAUGUAAUCCUCAGCCCUUUACACGUUGGGCCCGCGGCGGCUCACGACACGGCAAAGUACUUGGCAUACUCGGCCCUUUGGAAUAUACUCGAUUGCCCUGCCAUUGCGUUUCCCACCUCUACAAAAGUGGGUAAGAAGGGUACAGAGCACUAUGCUGCUGGCGACGAGAAGCCUUGGAACGAGUUGGAUGCACAUGUGCGUGCAUUGUGGGAGGAGCAUGAUUACGAGGGUGCGCCUAUCUCUUUGCAGCUUUCGGCUAGGAAACAUCAUGAUGGCAUGUUGAUUGCUGCUCUGGAUAUGAUGAGAGAUGUUCUUGAGCUUGAGCAGUAG